UGUGGAGGGGGCGGGCUGUGGGGGAGCUGCUUCCGGAUGAGCCCCUCCGCCCCCCACAUGGUCCCUGGGAGGCGGGAGCGGGAGACAGCGGUGACUGGCGCAGCGACCGGGAGGCCUUAGGGAGGCAGACAGAGCCUGCAGCCAACAACGCCCCAGGAGCCCUCGGUUCCAACCAACUGAUGCCCCUGUGCCCACUGACCCAUGCCAUGCAGCCCCAGUCCGUUCUGCACAGCGGCUACUUCCACCCACUGCUUCGGGCCUGGCAGACAGCCACCACCACCCUCAAUGCCUCCAACCUCAUCUACCCCAUCUUUGUCACGGAUGUUCCUGAUGACAUACAGCCUAUCGCCAGCCUCCCAGGAGUGGCCAGGUAUGGUGUGAACCGGCUGGAAGAGAUGCUGAGGCCCCUGGUGGAAGAGGGCCUACGCUGUGUCUUGAUCUUUGGCGUCCCCAGCAGAGUUCCCAAGGAUGAGCGGGGUUCUGCAGCUGACUCCGAGGAGUCCCCAGCUAUUGAGGCGAUCCAUCUGUUGAGGAAGACCUUCCCCAACCUCCUGGUGGCCUGUGACGUCUGCCUAUGUCCCUACACCUCCCAUGGUCACUGCGGGCUCCUGAGUGAAAAUGGAGCAUUCCGGGCUGAGGAGAGCCGCCAGCGGCUAGCUGAGGUAGCACUCGCAUAUGCCAAGGCAGGAUGUCAGGUGGUAGCCCCGUCAGACAUGAUGGAUGGACGCGUGGAAGCCAUCAAGGAGGCCCUGAUGGCACAUGGACUUGGCAACAGGGUAUCAGUGAUGAGCUACAGUGCCAAGUUUGCUUCCUGUUUCUAUGGCCCUUUCCGGGACGCAGCUCAGUCAAGCCCAGCUUUUGGGGACCGCCGCUGCUACCAGCUGCCCCCUGGAGCACGAGGCCUGGCCCUCCGAGCUGUGGACCGGGAUGUACGGGAAGGAGCUGACAUACUCAUGGUGAAGCCGGGAAUGCCCUACCUGGACAUCAUGCGGGAGGUAAAGAACAAGCACCCCGACCUCCCUCUCGCCGUGUACCACGUCUCUGGAGAGUUUGCCAUGCUGUGGCACGGAGCCCAGGCUGGGGCAUUUGAUCUCAAGGCUGCCGUACUGGAGGCCAUGACUGCCUUCCGCAGAGCAGGUGCUGACAUCAUCAUCACCUACUACACACCCCAGCUGCUGCAGUGGCUGAAGGAGGAAUGAAGGAGACAGUGCAGGCCUGAGAACUAGAACUUUAAAACGUUCCCGGGGCCUCAGAGAAGUGAAAACCAAAGUAAAUCCUGCUUUUAGAACUGUG